AUGUCGCAACCAGUCAUGGUUUCUGGACCCAUAUCACCUCCCAAAUCGAAGAAUUCAAGAUGGACCUACCUCGACAAUGUCCGCAGGCACCCAGGACCAUUCACGGGGGAGACCUUCAAUUCGAGCGAAGAGGCGGUCAGCUUGAUGGACAAUUUAAAAGUCCUAGUCAUCGGCGCAGGAGGACUUGGGUGCGAAAUAUUAAAGAACUUAGCUCUGUCGGGAUUCAAACAAAUACAUGUGAUCGAUAUGGACACUAUCGACGUCUCGAACCUCAACAGGCAGUUUCUCUUCCGAGCCAGCGAUGUUGGGAGCUCGAAAGCAGAAGUAGCAGCGAGAUUUGUGGAAAAAAGGGUCCGAGGUGUUUCGAUUACACCGCACAACUGCAAAAUUCAAGACAAGGACGAUGACUUCUAUAUGCAAUUCAACAUUAUUGUUUGUGGAUUGGAUAGUGUUGAGGCUAGGAGGUGGAUCAAUUCUACGUUGGUAAAUUUAGUCGACGAUGAGAAUGAGGACAGUCUCAAGCCCCUGAUUGAUGGAGGAACAGAAGGGUUCAAAGGCCAAUCCAGAGUUGUGUUCCCAACGAUAACAUCCUGUAUCGAGUGCCAACUAGAUAUGCACGCCCCCAGGGCGGCUGUUCCGUUAUGCACCUUGGCAACAAUUCCCCGUCAGCCUGAACACUGUGUAGAGUGGGCUCAUAUUAUCGCAUGGGAGCAAGAGAAUCCAUUUCCAACACUCGACAACGAUGACCCCGAACAUAUUACAUGGCUAUACAAAAAGGCUCUUGCCCGAGCACAAGAAUUCAACAUCCAGGGUGUUACCUACUCCCUCACCCAAGGCGUGGUAAAGAAUAUCAUCCCUGCAAUUGCAUCUACAAACGCCAUCAUAGCUGCCAGCUGCUGCAACGAAGCUUUCAAAAUUGCAACGCAAACCAACCCGUCUCUUGGAAUGGCAGAAAAUUACAUGUACUACACCGGCAACGAUGGCAUCUACAGCUAUACCUUCGAGCACCUGAAAAAAGAUGACUGUCCCGUUUGUGGAAAUCUUGCUCGCGAUAUCGAAGUCGACCCUAAUUUUACACUUCAAGAAUUCAUCGACUCGUUGGCCGAAAGAGCAGAGGCACAGUUAAAGAAGCCUUCGAUCCGGGCUGAUCGAACUUUGUAUAUGCAAAGUCCCCCUAGUUUGGAGGAGCAGACCAGGCCAAAUUUGGUGAAGAAGAUGGGGGAAUUGGUUGGCAAUGGCGAUGAAAUUGGAGUUACGGAUCCUUCGUUGGGGGCAGUGAACUUUAAAUAUAAGGUCAAGUUCUCGAGGGAGUUUAGGGGUGCAGUUGUGAAGGAGAAUAUAGAUUAG